UCACUUGAACCACUCUUCCUCUUCUAUGUGCAUGCCACCAGCCUCUGUUGUCUCUCAGGCAGAGAGGAGAAAGUUGAUUCUAAUUCGGAGUCACUUCCAGCAGUGUUUAGACACACAGAGCAAGUUUAGAUUUCUUCUUCUGUCUUUUUUAUUUUUUACUUAGGUCUACUAAUUUACCCUGCUUUAUAGACAGACACCAUCCAGCCAUAGUUGCUGGUACUGUAGAGGAAAGACAGGACACAAAUAGGACUGUUACACACCUUUAUACCAAGCUGCUCACCCAGCAAUCACCAGCCAGUUGGUAAAGAUGUGGACUUUUUUCUUAGGGGUCAUAUUUGGAAUACUGGCCUCUGGCAGGACGGAUGAAAUUCAAGUUAAUUCCCGCGGCUGCAGUUUUGUUGGUGUAUUUCUGGCUGAGGGAGCGGGUCGUCACAGUUUGACCUUUGACAUGGCCAAAGCGGUCUGCGAGCAGCUUGAGACCAUCAUGGCAACUCGAGAGCAAGUCGAGCAUGCAUACAAUAAAAGCAUGCAAACCUGCAGGUAUGGUUGGAUCAGCGAUGGGAGCAUUGUCAUUCUCAGACAAACCGAGCAUGAAAACUGCGCAAAGAACAUGACUGGGCUCAUUUUUCAAGCACCUUCAACUAAUGAAACUUUUGAUGUCUACUGCUAUGAUGAAAACGCUGGUCCUAAAAAGAACUGCAGUCAAGCUUUCAAAAAAUCAGAUCAACCAGCUACGACGGAACUACAGCCUCUGACCUCAGGAACAACAGAUCCAGAAACAACUCCAACUUCCUACUUUGACAGUCAGACAGAAGCAACAUCGGAGAUGACAAAUACUAUUCCCCCUGUUUCUUCUCAAGCGGAUCUGGGCGAAGGCCGAAUCACUCUAUUUUCCACUUUCACAACAGUGGAGCCAAACCAAACUGAUGGGUCUGGGAUGGAUACAAUUUAUCCAGAGGAGAAUAACACGCCUCCAAUGAUCCAUGCUGGAACAACAAUGUUGGGUGAAAGGACAGUCACUGAGGAAGCAAAGCCUACUGGGUACAUACCUAAUGACAGUCUUGCUGAGAGUGAAAGACAAAAGAGCAGCUCAUCAGAUUGGCUGGUUGUUAUUGUUGUUAUCCUAGCAGUUGCUGCAGUUCUUCUUGUGUGUGCAGCCGUGGCCAGAAGAAAAGGCUGGUGUGGCAGAAGACAAACACUGAAUAUAACCACCAAAGAAAGCGGUGAUGGUAAUGGGGUCGCAGUUGUGCCAUCCAGCUCCAACAAUCCUGAGAGAGAACAGGAGAUGGUGACCCUUAUGAACAAGGAGAAUAUCCAGGAGAACGGCACAACAGAGGAGUUCACUGUCAUCACUUUAGAGGAGUCUCCAGAUAAAGACCAGCAGGCCUGAGGGUUGAUCAGGAAAGAGCUGAUGAUCGGGGAAGACUAUUGAGAAGGUGGAAAAGCUGGAGUUGGUGCUCAAAAGUUGUUUGUUGUUUGCUGUCAGUGGAUGGGCACUGAUUAAGAGCAUUAAAUGUGUCCUUUUGAGCUAUUGUUCAACUAAAGUAGGCAACAAAGUCUGUAUGAAAGCUUUUCAAUGGAGCAAAGCAUUUCAAAUCCAACUGUGCAUAAAUUAGAGAUUUGAACAAGGUUGGCAAAUAUGUUUAAUUACUUUUAAUGCUCCAUUUAUUUUUGUUAUGGGGCUGGGCAGUGGUUUGGAAUGGAUGAGAUGUUGUGUUUAAAAAGUCCAAAAUUCAAGCAGUUUACUUUAACUGGGAAAUAAUAAAUAGAUAAUCAUAUGAUUUUUGUUGCAUUUUAUUUAAGAGGGGAAAAAGCUUCCCUAUUUUGUUUAUAUACUUCUAUCAUUUUUGUUUGUUUCUAAGCUUUAAUGAUUUUAUUUUUGUUUCUGUGCAUACUGAGAACAUCCCCUGUUGACUGCUUUUGCUUUUUCUUUUCAGAAAACAAGGGAUGUAACAAUAACAAUCUGUUCCAAUUUAAUGAAGUUUUAUGUACAUAAAGUAAAACCUUUCAAAUGUUACAAUAACAUUGAGUGCUUUUUUGCUACGUUGUAGGAAAGGGCUUUGUCAUAUUUAGCAAGAAGAACUGCUUCCAUUUUUAGCACUAUUUAACCAGAAUCUGCACCUUAGAGGUAAAUAUUUUAGUUUUUCAAAGGUCGAAAUAGAUAGCAUUCUGAAUUAGCAUGAUUAAUGGUGUUUUAUAUACAACUAAAGAUGCUUAAUCUAGAAAUAAUGUGAUGCUUCAAUUAUGGGGAUUAAAAUGUGUUAUGUGGAUUGUGCACAAUAGAUCAAGACUUUGAGGCAAAACAACGAAAUGGGUGUCAUUUUAAGCAUGUUUAUCAAUUUUGAAAUCAAACUCAAGCUUUUUUUUUUCUUCAUGAGUGAUUGAUGCUUAUCUGUAAAUAUCGGACUGCAGGCCACAUCAGCCAACACCAAGAAACAAAUCCACAGCGGACAUAUACAGGAGCAAUGCAAAUGGCUUCUUUAUGAGAUAAAGACUAUCACAAAUGUUUGUAUGCUCUGCAAUACCACUUAAUGUGAUAAAGGAAGCUGCUGUGUUUCAUUAAUGUUUCUAUAUAAAGCUUUCGGUCUUAUGAGAAACUUUUUCUAUUGAACCUUCCAUAAUGUGGAUAUAUACCCAACAUUGUGUCCUGAUCUACCUUUUUUUCCAUAGCCAAUAUGUUUAGUUUUCAGUAUCAGGCCAAAUUAUAUAUGGUCAUUGUAAAAUACAUUUUUCUGGCUUGUUUCUUAAUUUACACUUGUUCUGAUUUGAAGAAGAGGAGUUGCACUAGAAAAGAGGGAUUUGACAAAAAGAUGUUGCUGGAAAGAUUUGUAAAGUCAAAAUAAAUGUGUACAGACAUUGAUGCACUGGAA